GAAUCAAUUCCGCAUAGUGCGUCCGAGGGUGGUCGUGCCACGCCCCAUUUCGAAUUGAUAAGAUAGUGGAGUCCAGGCCGGAUGAAAUGGAGCGCUGCUGCAGGCUUCACUGCUCACAAGGAGCGAAUUGGCGCCUCAGCAGGAACAGCAACACCUGUAUACCCUAAAUACCCUAUACGCUUUUUUUACCCGGUAGCCAACUGUCACAGGUAUCAAUCACAAGCUAUUCCAUAUUUCACAUCCGACGGAAGCCCAGAAUAUAUUUUCUUCUGUCCGUAAGACAAACAAAAAUAAGUAUUAUAUUUGCUCGCAAUGGAGCUCUCCCAACUGGAGGACCUAUACCACUGGCGCCGCUCACUUUGGGGACUGGGCAAAGAAGCUAUCCGUAUGCCAUCGAGCUGCAGCUCCCGCCUACCGAGCAAUCCUCGCCAGCUGUUCGCUUGGCUAGCAUCUUUGGAGCUGCCCAUGCUGGUGGACGAGACACCGCCGCCCAGUUUCUACUUCGAUUUGCUGGAGGCCAAUGCCGUGGCACUGGACCGCAGUGUCCACAGCGGCAAGCUGCUCAUAACGCUGGGUAGUCAGACGGAGGAAGUUCCGGAGGAGUAUGUGUCCCACACACUGGCAUUGCUGGCGACCACGGCUCUGCAGCUAUCCACACCUGGAGAUGCGCCAGCCUCACCAUGUCAUGCCGCAUCUGGUGAUGCAGUACCACUUCCGGUGUUGCAGGACACCGGAACAUGCCCCAAUGUGCAGCUUUCCGCAUUGGUGGAGAUCGGAACUGGUCCCGAUUUGGCGCACAUUCCCAGGUUGGUGGAGAAGGGAACUGGAACCGAUCCCUAUACGGUUUCGAUGGACACAGACUUGCCACAUGCGAGCAGCGAAUCGUUUUCCGCCGUGUUGAUGAGGGCGCUCCUGGCGCUGUCCGUGCUGCACGCCCUCUACGUCUUCUCCAGGAUCACCUUCGACACCUUCAUGACCCACGUGUGGGAGGCCUUCGUCCGCGACUUGCCACCGCCUCGGAUUCCGUCGGUCGAGGAGACGCCAGAACUCCUGUCCGCAGGCAUAUGGCAACGGAUUGUCGCCAAGCUGGCGGAGCUGCGUACCCGAUUGCCCUAAGUCCGCUCCUGGAUGAGCGGACUUUGUUAGUUUCGAUUCGGUUAUUUAUAAACCAAUCCCGCUAUUUUUACGCCACCAGUUUCAGUUGCUGUUGCUGUUCCAAUCGGAUUCCUUCGCCGCCGACGUCCACUGCUUGUUGUUGUUCUCGUUGCCGGCGGCGUUAGAGAUUACGAGACAAACACGGGGUGCCCGAAAAUACGGAUUACUGUUGUUGUGUACCCGAGACGACGACAACAACAACAACAACAACAACUAUCUAGCCCGGCGAUAAGCGUCGGAAUCAACACGAAUCUCGGUCAACAGCUCACCGAUCCAUAGCCAAAUAAACGCCAAGCUGGGUCUCCAGUUCAAAUCGAAAUUGCUCGCUUUA